AUGGCCAUUCAAUAUCUCAUUCUCCUAUCCCGUCAGGGCAAAGUGCGUCUCGCCAAAUGGUUCACAACACUAUCCCCCAAGGACAAGGCCAAGAUCGUCAAGGAUGUAUCUCAGCUUGUGCUCGCUCGAAGAACGCGCAUGUGCAACUUUCUAGAAUAUAAGGGUCGGUUUCCUGAACCCCUUUGUUUUGAUGAGAUUGAGCUAACUAUCAAUGUAGAUACAAAGAUUGUCUAUCGUCGAUAUGCAUCACUCUUCUUCAUUGCCGGAUGCUCUUCCGAAGAUAACGAGCUGAUCACCCUCGAAAUUAUCCACCGAUACGUCGAACAGAUGGACAAGUACUACGGCAACGUUUGCGAGCUCGACAUCAUCUUCUCUUUCACCAAGGCGUACUAUAUUCUCGACGAAAUCCUCCUCGCUGGCGAGCUGCAGGAAACGAGCAAAAAGAAUGUUCUUCGCUGCAUCGGCCAGCAGGACUCCCUUGAAGAUAUGGAGGUAAGUCAUGACCAGCUUGAUAAACUAUGA